CCGUCGCCCGUCGUUCUCUACCCACGCCGUCUCUCGCUUCGUCUUUUUCUUUCCCUCGCACUUGGAGGACCCUGUCGUCUUCCUCUCACACUCCUUUCGGAAAGUCAAAAUACAACAACUUCUGUGUUCUGCUCUGCUUCUCGCCAGCACUCUCACAGUGUCUCUGUUCACUCCUUGCCAAUCCAUCCGACGCGCAUAUCAAUCGACUGCGUAGGCCUUGACGCAUCGAAGCCGUCAUUGACUACUGCAUGUACAAAGAACUUAACCCUGACGUUCUUAUUACCUGUUGAUAUUUGACUUGUUCCAAUACCAUCUUGGCCUUUGCCACCUAACUGCAUAUAUCUAUUGUCUCUGACAGAAAACAAGGGGUCUCCGAGAGACCUCGUGCCAAUCCUUACUUUCAACCUGUGCGACUUGACGUCGUUUGAAUCGAGAAGUCUCCAGCUAUGAAGCUUGCCAUCUCCGUUGUUUUGACCGUCGCUGCAGCCGGCUCCCUAGCCGCUGCACAAUCCCACAGACACAAUCACCAUCGCCAUCCGCAUGUGAAGCGCUCACCAGAUCCGACUGACGUGGUUGUCGUUCCUGGGCCAACUGUCUAUGCCUACGAGUUCGAGGGUGAGCUCAUCAGCAAGAGCCAAGCUUGCGAUGGAAUCCAGGAAGGGGCCCUUCAGUGGGCCGAUCCUGAUAACGCAAAAAAUGCUUGCGAUCCACAACCUUCAGUGACCCCACCCAAGGCCGCUGAAUUCUACGAGAAGCCUACGACAACUCAUCCUGCUCCGUCAGCGAGUUCUGAUCCUCCCAAGGAUCAGGGUCCCAAUCUUGACUUGCCAGAGGUCAAACUUCCGCUUCCCAUCCCUAAAGCGCCAUCACCGCCCCAAAGCGGCGCCGGAGUCGAGCAAGACUUCCCCGACGGACAGAUUUCCUGCUCUAACUUCCCCGCCGAAUACGGUGCCAUCUCUCUCGACUGGCUCGGCCUUGGUGGAUGGAGUGGUAUUCAGUACGUCACUGUUCAGGGCUCGUCAGUUACCGACAUUCGCACUGGUAUCCAUGGCGACAAGUGUGAGGAUGGAGCCAUGUGUUCUUAUGCUUGCGGACCUGGUUACCAAAAGUCCCAGUGGCCUUCCACUCAAGGUUCUACUGGCCAGUCCGUAGGUGGCUUGAAAUGUUCCGGCGGCAAGCUCUACCUCACGAAUCCAGGACUUUCCAAGAAGCUCUGUAUGAAGGGUGUUGGUGGUGUCCAGGUGAAGAAUACCAUGAGUCAAGUCGUCGCCGUCUGUCGUACCGAUUAUCCUGGCACGGAAUCCGAAACCGUUCCACUCUCCGUUGGCGGAGGUUCCAUCACGGAGCUUACAUGCCCUGAUUCUGGAAACUACUAUACCUGGCAAGGCAAGGGCACUUCCGCUCAGUACUACGUCAACCCCAAGGGUGUCACGAUUCAAGAGGGCUGCCAGUGGGGAGACGGAAGCCGCCCAAUCGGUAACUUCGCCCCCAUCAACUUGGGUGUCGGCAGGAGUGACGGAACCAUAUUUUUGUCCAUUUUCCAGAACGCGCCAACAACCAACGCGAAGCUUGAUUUCAGCAUCAAGAUCGAGGGUAGCAAUUUGAGCGGGGCGUGCAGCUAUAAAAAUGGCAUGUUCCAUGACGCGACAGGAUCCAAUCCGAAUGGAUGUACCGUUGGGGUUACGGGCGGCACAGCAACCUAUGUGUUCAGUGAUUAAGUUUAUUUUUCUUGCAUUCAUUCCCAUCUUUAUAGUCCAGGAAAGCCGAAAAAGCUCAUCUAUGAUGAGGGGAGGGAGAUUGAAUAAAAACCAACAAUCUAUCGGAAUUAUAUGCGAGGCCACUUCUAUCAAUUUAUAUUUUCCCCCAUUCUUCUAUUUCUCCUUUUUAAAACUUUUCUCGAAGUGCCCCGCUCUCUUCUCCCCUCGAUUCCCGCCUCCUUUCUCCCGUUCUUCUUGAGAUGGUAUGAAGGGCGGUGUGGUGUCAUGCUGAAAAACGUUGUCAGACACCCUCCUGCUCCUCGGGAAGAUAACCUAUUUACCAUACUUACUCAUUUUAUUAUACUGUGUUGCUUACCUCACUUUUAACUUGGCCUCUUUUUCUUCUACUUUAUUUAUUAUACCAAUACCCGUGUUUUUGCUAUGAUGAAACUUCUAGUUAUUCUAUAUAUCUUAUCCUAACGAACUUUGCCUUAAAAAGCUUCCGGGAUUCUGACCCCCGUCCCUCGUUGCGCUUGCUCCACUUACCCAUAUAUAUUCAGUAUACUACGGCGUGCAGCUAACCGGAUCUAGAUCUUUACAUUUAUUCUUCGUGCAGAAAGGCUACAACGGAUGGAGAAUAUGCUCAAAUAGCUUCUGUCGAGGAAUACUCAAAAAAAACAAUCAAAUGGAUCUGAAAGG